AUGGCUGAGGCAACCCUGCACAAUGUGCCCAUUGUCAUCGACAAUGGCAGCGGAACAAUCCGAGCCGGGUUCGCAGGCGAGGAGAUCCCGUCGUGUUACUUCCCCUCAUUCGUCGGCCGUCCCAAACACCCUCGCGUGAUGGCCGGCGGCCUGGAGGGGGACUCGUUCAUCGGCCAGCGCGCACAGGAUCUCCGCGGUCUGCUGAAGAUCCGAUACCCGCUAGAACAUGGAAUCGUCACCAACUGGGAGGACAUGGAGUCCAUCUGGCACUACGUCUACGAAAACGAGCUGAAAACCCUUCCCGAAGAACACCCCGUGCUCCUGACCGAGCCACCGCUCAACCCACGCGCCAACCGCGACAUCGCUGCCCAGCUCAUGUUCGAGGCCUUCAAUGUGCCCGCCCUGUACAUGUCUAUUCAGGCCGUGUUGUCGCUCUACGCAUCUGGUCGGACGACCGGUGUGGUACUGGACUCAGGCGAUGGCGUCUCCCACGCCGUGCCCGUGUUUGAGGGAUUCGCGAUCCCCAACAGCAUCCGGAGGAUCGAUGUCGCCGGCCGCGACGUCACGGAACAACUGCAGGUGCUGCUGCGGAAGGCCGGGCAUGUGCUGCACACCAGCGCCGAGAAAGAAGUGGUCCGCAUGAUCAAGGAGAAGGUGUGCUACGUCUCGCUGGACCCGAAGCGCGAAGAGAAGGAGUGGAUAAGCAGCUACCACAAAUCGGAUGCCAAAGCGGUCGACUAUGUCUUGCCCGAUGGACACAAGAUCAAGAUCGGCCAGGAACGCUACCGUGCCCCCGAGAUUCUGUUUGAUCCAGAACUCAUCGGCCUCGAGUACCCCGGCGUGCACCAGAUUGUCCAGGAUGCCAUUGCCCGCACAGACCUUGACCUGCGCAAGUCACUAUACCUGAACAUUGUGCUCUCGGGCGGCUCGACAUUGUGCAAGAACUUCCCCGACCGGUUGAUGCGCGAGAUCAAGCGACUAGCCGUUGAGGAUAUGAAGAUCCGAAUUUCUGCGCCUGCAGAGCGGAAGUACACCACGUGGAUUGGCGGCAGCAUUCUCGCCGGCCUCAGCACGUUCAGAAAGAUGUGGGUGAGUGCGGACGAAUGGCAUGAAGAUCCUGAGAUCAUCUUCAAGCGAUUUGCUUAA